UGCUUUCACUGUGGGAGAGAUGGAGCGCAUUUACCCCAACGGGUCGCGCAGCAUCACUUCUUCGCACAUUUUCGCACGGAUGAUGUGGUUCACCGGCGUGGCUAUCGCCUCCGUUUACGGGGCCAUCAGCGUUUUGGGACUAAUUGGCAACAUCACGCUCAUCAAGACGUUUUGCUCGGCCAAAUCCAUCCGCAAUGUUCCAAAUCUGCUCAUGUCGAGCCUUGCGCUGGGGGACGUUUUGCUGCUGGUGACCUGCGCUCCGGUGGAUGCCAGCCGGUACCUUUCAGAGGAGUGGUUGUUCGGUAGAGUGGGCUGUAAGGUCAUCCCUUUUAUUCAGCUCACCUCUGUUGGGGUGUCUGUGUUCACCCUCACAGCCCUCUCUGCUGACAGAUACAGGGCCAUUGUGAAACCUCUAGAUCUCCAAAAAUCGACCACCACUACCAGCAUUGUCCUGCGGGCGGCAUUCAUCUGGGUCUUCUCCCUUAUCUUGGCAAUCCCCGAGGCUGUGUACUCAGACCUCCACACCUUCAAUGUGACCUCUACCAACGAGAGCUUUGUUACCUGUGCCCCUUAUCCUCACGCAGGGAAACUACACCCUCAGAUCCACUCCAUGGCUUCCUUCCUCAUUUUCUACGUCAUCCCCCUGUUGGUGAUAAGCAUGUACUACACCUUCAUCGCCCGCAGCCUUUUCAAGAGUGCAUCUAACCUUCCUGUGGAGGGGAAUGUCCAUGCAAGACGACAGGUUGAAUCAAGAAAACGCUUGGCCAAGACAGUUCUGGUGUUUGUUGGUCUCUUUGCAGUGUGCUGGCUGCCCAGUCACAUCAUCUACUUGUACCGCUCCUACCACUAUUCCCAGGUGGACACAUCUCUGGGUCAUUUCAUUUGCAGCGUUGUUGCUCGGAUUCUGGCCUUCACCAACUCCUGCAUCAACCCCUUCGCCCUUUACCUGCUGAGCAAGACCUUCAAGAAGCAGUUCAACCAGCAGCUGUGUUGCUGCUGUCGCUUCAUGCUCAAACAAUCCCAGCAGAGCCCAACACAUUAUAACACACGCAUGACCUCAGUCCACAGCACUCACCACUCUGUGGCAAGUCUGACCAUGAACAACGGUAGGCAGCUCUAUCAGGGAGACUAUGUGUAAGAGUGUUUGUGAGUGAGAGAUGUAAAUGUGUGAUCUUUUUCUCUACAUACAAUAGUAAAACGAAAAAAUCAAGACAUUAGAAAUACAAUGCAGAGUUCUGUGGUGAUAUCUUUGUGUGAAAUGUUCAGUAUAUACUUGUCAGUAUUUGCAUUUUUCUUUUUUUCAGAUUUUCAAUGCUCUAAACGUUUUAUGGUACAUUUCUGAGUUUGUGUAGAUUGUCUGCUGAGUCCUUUGACCUUUUAAUGAUCAGAGUCAUGUACAGUUUUGCAAGUUAUCUGAUUUAGGAUCAGUUUGUGCUUGUAUUUAUGGCUUUACUAGUUUGUUUUUAAGUUUCUUGUCUAUUCCAAAUUUAAUAUAAAACAUAAAAAAAAGAAACACUUUUGUUCUGGUUCAUCAGUUGGCUGCAGAAGGAAUACAUAAGGGAAAGUCUCAAGCUAAGGGCCAAAAAUAAAAUAAAAAAAGCCUAAAUCAGCAUAUGUGUUCCUUCUUAGAACCUUUCUGCAUUAUGCACAUGAUCCAGAUAGCACAAUAGACAAACUUAGUCUUUGACGAGGAUGGGACAAUACAGAAACUAGAUAAUUUACUACAGUUUUGUUGUAGAUUUUAUUCACAACAUGUUUUUCUGCUUUAGUACCAUAUGUUAAAUUGAGCUUAGUAAAAGCCAAACCUUCUUUACUUUGCAUAAUGAAGCUGAUAUGAAAGGCUGAUCUGUGCAGAACAUACUGAGGGUUCUUCUAGGCAUAUAAAGCCUAAAUGAAUAAGCAUGAUGCACAAAGAAAACUUAAUAAAAUCUGCCUUCUAUAAAUAGCAUUGUCUUUUGUGCACACACUGGCUUUUUGUGAUCUGUCACCUUUAACAAAUCCAAUAACAAACAGAUUCUAAAACUGUAAUAUAAUAUAAUAUUGAGGCCAUGAACUUCUGUGUGUACUGAAAGCGAUUCACAGUCUGAAGCAGCUGGCAUGAGUCUGAGGCCAUAGUUCCCAACCUGCAGUUGAGGGGUCAGUCUCUGUCUUUAGCAGAGAGUAUCUUGGUAUCUUGUUCAUGAGUGAACGGGAUGCGGACAGAUGGAUUGGACCAUCAUCUGCAGAAAUACAGACAUCGAUCCAGUUUGUUGUAGUGAAAAAAAAUCAAAGCUUUUGAGUUGCAGCCCCACUACAUUCCAACUCUCAUCUAUGGUUAUAAGAUAUAAUAGAAAGAAUGAGAUCCCGGAUACAAGCAGCUAAAACAAGCUGGGAACACCUUGCGAGUUAUGCUGGGGAGAGGGGUGUCUGGGUUUCUCUGGACCUGCCAGCCCAACGAACCUGACUCGAAUAAGCAGAGAAAAUGGAUGGCUGAAGGGAUGGAUAAAAUAACUUUGCAAAUAUAAUUAACAUAGUGAUUGUUCCUUUUCUUUAUCUGCCAUUUAAUAUUCUAAAUGUUUUUAUAUUGGAUAUUAAAAGUGGAACUUUGCUUUAAUAUUUCUAAAUAUUUGAGUAUAUGACGAAGUAUGAUGUCUUGUGUGUACCUUGAGAAAUCUGUCAGUCACUCUGGUUUUAUACAAAACUGUUUGUCGGCUUUCCCUCACUCUUUGAGUUAAAAAAACUGUAAUUACUUUUAAGUUAUAAAAAAUACUUGGUGAGGGUUGGACAUAUUCAAGCUCCCUCAUAGUAUGAGACCAUAGAAGUAAACAACUUUCAGAAGCCUGACAUUUCUGUUUAAAAUAUGAUUUUUUUUAUUGAUCUUAUAUUUCAAUUUUCUGAGACACUGUAAUUUAAGGUUUUCUAUAUCUGAAAGCUGUAAUCAUCAAUAUCAGAAGAGAGAAAGGUUUGACAUAUUGCACUCUCUGUGCAAUGAAUCUAAAUAUUGAACUUUUUCACGAUAUUGUAAUUUUUUGAAGCUCUACCUGUAUCUUUGUUUUAUUAUGUUGGGUCCCGGCUGAAAAAAAAAAUCAGUAGGAAAUAGACAUUAGCGUGAUUAUAAUAAACGAUUAUGUGUAAAAAUUUGCUUGAUGAAAUAAAUCUUAAC